AUGAACGCCCUGGUUUUGUGCACCCUGGCGCUGGCCACCCUGGCCGCGGCCCGACCCCAGCAGUUCACCAACCAGUUCAACCCGCAGCAGCAGCAGAAGUUUGCCUACCAGCAACAGUACGACAACAACCAGGUGGUGCAGCAGGCCGUGCAGCAGGUGGUGCAGCAGCCCUACCAGCAGCAGUACGCCCAGCCCGCCGCCCAGCCCGCCUACCAGCAGCAGCAGUACAACUACAACCAGUACGCCUACAGGCAAGAGGACGCCGCCGCCGCGAGCAGCACCACCCCCAUCCCCAUCCUGAGCUACGUCAACGAGAUCAACCCCGACGGCUCCUACCACUACAGCUACGAGACUGGCAACGGCAUCAAGGCCGACGAAUCCGGCAAAGUGAACAACGCCGGCCUGGAGAACGAGGCGAUCGCCGUGCAGGGCUCCUACUCCUACAUCGGUGACGACGGCCAGACCUACUCCGUGCAAUACACCGCCGACGAGAACGGCUUCCAGCCCCAGGGCGCCCACCUCCCCACCGCACCCCCACUACCUGCCGAGCUCCAGAAGGCCAUCGACGAGCACCUCGCCAUCCUGGCCACCGCCAAGCCUGCCGAGGAGGAAGCCAGCAGCGUCCCCGACCAGCGGUUCCUCGUCCAGCGCCACUUCUAAGCAAAUUAUAACAACGGCAACAAAAAAAUAUUGUGAUAAUGGUGUGGGUUAAAGGGCAGGGGAGGGGAGGGCCUUAGGGUGAAUGACGGGGUGGAGUUGGACUUGACGAGACUGACAGGGUAAAGUGCCAUACGAGGGAUACCGAACGGUUUACGGGUACCGAAAUACGGGUAAGGGCCUCUGUGGUGGGGGCUCAUCCUUGGACUAGACUGAAAAAAGGUGAAGAGUGAAAACGCACAGACCUAAACUUUUCAUGA